AUGAAGUUGGACGGCCCUGCAAUUGAAAAUGAAGGUCUCAAUUCUCUAAGAGUUCACUCACUGCAUGACGCGGAGGAGCUGGAGGCGGGCAGGGAGGAGGCUGCGGGCGGGGAGGAGUGCAGCUGGGCCGGGCUCUUCUCCUUCCAGGACCUGCGGGCCGUGCACCAGCAGCUGUGUUCGGUGAGCUCGGACCUGAAACCCUGCCUGCCCGCCUUCCCCGAGGAGCCGGCGGGCAUGUGGUCCGUGCUGUUCGGGCCGCCCGCGCUGUGCGAGCCCGAGAUGGAUGCGCUGUGCUGCCAGCUGCAGGUCUACCUGGGCCAUGGCCUGGACACAUGCGGCUGGAAGAUCCUCUCUCAGGUGCUCUUCACUGAGGCGGACGACCCCGAGGAGUACUAUGAAAGCCUGAGCGAGCUGCGGCAGAAGGGCUACGAGGAGGUGCUGCAGCGGGCCCGCAAGCGCAUCCAGGAGCUGCUGGAAAAACACAAGAAUACAGAAAGCAUGGUAGAGCUCCUGGAACUGUAUCAAAUGGAAGAUGAAGCCUAUAGUAGUCUUGCUGAAGCUACCACAGAACUGUAUCAGUACUUGCUACAACCAUUUCGAGACAUGAGGGAACUUGCAAUGCUCAGAAGGCAACAGAUAAAGAUCUCUAUAGAAAAUGAUUACCUGGGCCCCAGAAGAAUUGAGAGUCUACAGAAAGAAGAUGCAUAUUGGCAGCGGAAAGCCCACAUGGCUGUGCUUUCUAUUCAAGAUCUUACUGUCAAGUACUUUGAAAUAACAGCCAAGGCACAGAAAGCUGUAUAUGAUCGAAUGCGAGCAGAUCAGAAAAAGUUUGGUAAGGCAGCAUGGGCAGCAGCAGUGGAACGUAUGGAAAAGCUGCAAUAUGCAGUUUCUAAGGAGACAUUGCAGCUGAUGCGUGCGAAAGAAAUCUGUUUGGAACAAAAGAAACAUGCACUGAAAGAAGAGAUGCAGAGUUUGCAAGGUGGUACAGAAGCUAUAGCCCAUUUGGAUCAUUUAGAAGCUGAUUAUUAUGACCUUCAGCUUCAGUUGUAUGAAGUGCAGUUUGAGAUCUUGAAGUGUGAGGAGUUAUUACUGACAGCACAACUUGAAAGCAUCAAAAGACUGAUGUCAGAAAAGAGAGAUGAAGUGGUUUAUUAUGACACUUACGAAAGUAUGGAAGCCAUGCUUGAAAAAGAAGAUAUGGCAACAUCUGUACACUUACAAAGAGAGGAACUUCAGAAAUUACAACAGAAAGUACGCCAACUGGAAGCAAGGCGUGGGCGCAUUUCUGCUAAGAAAGCCUACCUCAGGAAUAAAAAGGAGAUCUGCAUUGCAAAACAUAAUGAAAAGAUCCAACAGCGCCAUCAGAGUGAAGAAGAGUACAGAAUACACCAUACUGUGCAGCUGAAGCGAGAUCAACUGCAAGAUGAAGAGGAAAGAAAAAGUUCUUGGGUUAGUCAGGAGCGACAAAAAACACUGGACAGGCUUCGCACAUUUAAACAGCGGUACCCUGGGCAAGUUAUACUUAAAUCAACCAGACUGCGACUGGCUCACGCAAAAAGGAAAAGUUCAGCUAGCUCAAUACCCUCCACAGAUGAACCUCGAUCUCUGCCAGAAACUUCCCAAACCCAAGAGAAAACUGAAGAGACAGAAUCGGGAAAAGCGACCCAGCCUUUACAAACCCAGGAGCCCAGGAGUUUAGAACAACUUGAAGAUGUUUCAUUACCUCCUAAUGGUGUUACCUCUGAACUGUCUCAUGCUAGUACUUUUCCACUUCUUGCCAGUAAUGACCCUCAGCCAGAUACUGUUACUGUUGUAUCAUUUCCUCCUCCUCUGCCUCCACCACCACCACCACCACCACCACCACCUCUGCCUACCAAGGAAGAUGCCACAGAAUCCUCAGGAAAAUGUGACAGCCUCAUUAAACAGGAAAGUGAGGGUAAAGAAGUCCCACAGUCUGUCAGUAUCCCAUCAGCACAUCUUUUUGAUAGCAGUCAGUUAGUCAGUGCCAAGAAGAAACUAAAGAAGACAGGCGAUUUAGAAGGUUUGCAGAGGAGAAGAGUGAGUUCCCCUAUGGAUGAGGUGCUGGCUUCCUUGAAGCGUGGUAGUUUUCACCUAAGAAAAGUGGAGCAGAGAAGUCUCCCUCCUUUCCCUGAUGAAGAUGAUAGCAAUAACAUCUUGGCACAGAUAAGGAAAGGAGUGAAGCUGAAGAAGGUGCAAAAGGAUGUUUUGCGUGAAUCUUUUAUGGUUCUGCCUGACACUGAUCCUCUGACACGUAGCAUCCAUGAAGCACUUCGAAGAAUUAAGGAAGCAUCACCAGAGUCGGAAGAUGAGGAGGAAAGUUUGCCUUGCACAGACUGGGAAAACUAACCUGUGAUGCAUUGCCACUGAAGUAAGAAGAGAACCCACAGCUGAAAACCAUUCUUCCCCUUCAUUUCUGAAAAUUCAGAGCCAGCAGUUUCAACCAUCCAAGCCAUGCUGGGGAAGCGGGCUUUCUUUGGCAAAUGGUUUAGCUUAAGGGGAAAGAAAAAAAAUCCUGAAAUAUUUAUUUUCAGGUGAUGUUUCCUUUUGUUCUGGAAAUUCUCGGCUGGGCAAAAAGCUACAUUUAGAUGUCGCACAUAAUGAGGAGGAGAUGGCCUUCAGCAUGUUUGCCCAUUUGUUUCAGCACUUUUUUUUGUUUGCAUAAGUAUCCAUGGCCAGUUAAAUGAGAGAGAUUUUAAGUUGGGAGAACACUGCAUUGACGAAACAACUGAGAGGUGCAGUUAAACAUCAGGACAGCUAUGAAACGUACCCUUCAAUGCACUGAAAAGUAUCAUUUGCUUGUAAAAUGAAUUAUGUAGCUACUUCCAGACGAGCUGGUUACACAACAGUGAAUGCUUCAGAAAAGAGCAGAAAUCCUAGCUGUACCGUAAGAAGACAAAUGUAAAUGGAAGUGCAACUAAGAUUUAUUUUUUAAUUUUUCUUUUGAGUGUGAAGAAGUGUAUAUUAGUAUGAAAAGCAACAACAAAUGACUGUGCAGGAUAAUGAAAAACAAAAAACAGCGGAAUACCUGUAUUCACCAAUGUAUUGUUUACAACAUGGUACAUUUUAACAUGGCAUAUUCCAGCACCUCUUUAGAAGGCCAUAUGUAGUCUUACACCUUAACACUUUUCCACAUUCUUUUAAAGAGUAAUAUUUAGUUGUGUGAAACUGAGUUAAUAGUUAUAUCUUUACCUACAAAUUUGUUAUAAGAAGCAAUAUUUUGUAAUAUGAUAAUAUCUAAAAUUUAUUUUUCUCUCUUAGUUUGAACUGCUCUUGUUUAAUUACUGUAAGCAACCUUCUUUAAAAAACUCUUAAAGAAGUUUGUAGGACUUGCAUACUUCCACUUCAGUUGUGAGAUUUAUGCUUUUCUUCUGUUAGUUUUUAUUAUUUCCAUUAAGUGGCUACAGAAGUAUUUGUACAUCAUGCCUACCCAACCUACUUGGCUGAAAAAAUACUCUUCCUUUUAACCCUGGCUGUAUAUGGUUCUAAAGGAAGAGGGUUCAGCUUCAGGGCAACACAUACCUAAAAAGAAGUCAUCCUAAACUGCGUGACUAAUAGCUGCAGGCAGCUAAUCUUAUAAUACCAUUGUCUUGAAAGAUACAGCUAUACAGGGUUGUAGGUAAUUUUGUACCAUGUUAAAGGCUCCAUGUUCUGGUUGGCUGACAUAUGUUCCGGUUACGAAAGUUGAGUCUUGACUAGUGUUGUAUUUCACUAAAAUGACAUGUAGUGUGUUUGAGAAACGCACCACCCCUUUCCUUCUUGGAAAACAAUAUUUUUGUUCAGUAUUCAUUUUAUGAAAGACAAAUUAAUGUACUGAUUUUCAUUAAAGCAGUCAGGAGUUGCUGCUGCUGUAUAAUGGAAUGCAUAUUCCACUAACUUUUAUAACAGGAGAUUUAAUAUCUCGCCAUUUACUUUUUUAAAUAGCUGUGAGGACAAGAAGACCUACCUUAGCAAUCAACUAUAACCUAAAUGAACCUCUUCUCUUGAACCUUUGGGCUGUUCUGCAGCUCCUGUUCUCAAAAAUAAAGAUCUGUCAUAUGUUUUGAAAGAAUUUGCCACUCUGCAUUUGGCAUUAGAGGUAUUUUCUUGAGCUUGUUGCCUUAUUUAUGACAAUACUUAAAUAUUUUCAGUUUCAAAGGAGCACUUCAGAGCAGCAUUUUCCAAAGUGGUACUAAUUUUGCUGCAUGCACCAGCUGUCAGGGCAGCAUCCUUCUCUGACAGAACAUCAGCUCUGACACAUCCAGCAUUAGCUUGCCUAGGACUUGGAAACUCAAGUUUUUCCCCUACAUUUAUUCAUUACAUGGGUUUAAGCUGUCUUAUGCUGGGUUCUGUGGCAAUAACAAUACUUUCAAAAUUUAUAUUAUGUAAACAUUUAGCUUAGACCAUACAGUUAAGUAGCAGGUAUAUGUGAUGUGUUGUUGUUGACAUUCCUAAUUUACAUCACAUUAUAAGCUGGUCAAGUGUGCGACAUUUUUAGCCAUAGCACAAAACAGAUUAGAACAAUACAAUUUGUGAAGCCUGGUGGCUCGAUGGAUAGCAGCGAUGGGAUGAUACACAUUCAGUUUGUUUGCUUCUAAAAAAAGAAAUGCAGACUAGACAAUGUGUGUUGGGUAUUAGCAAAACUUCUGAGUUAGGGGGAAAAUAGUGUAAUUUAAAAGAUGGGAGCAGUGUUCCCCUUCCUUGCACAAAAAUUAUCUGCGAGUCUCGCCCUAUGUUAGAGGUGUUUUAAAUAGCUCCUCCUGUGUUGUGGUGCAGAGUUUUCAGAUUUACCUACAUACGAUCUGUCAACUUUGCCUUGGAAACCUAUGCAUGUUUUUAAAAAAACAAAGUAAUCCUGUUCUGGAUAUAUUCUGUACUUGGCUAGUAUAUUAGGUUCCUGUCAGAACUGAAUCUGUAGAUGUUGCUUCUUUGUAGGAACAUAUUUUAUGCACUCAGACAAAGCAGCAGCUGUUGUGCCGAGCAUAGCAGUUAAUAUCAAAAUGCUGUUUUUAAUGAGGAAAGGCAGUGGAUGUUCCAAAAAAUAUAAAAAAUAGAUUUGAAUCUAAUUCCCAGCAGUCAUUUGACAUCAUGGUUUCAUACAAACCACCAGCACCAGAUGUAAAAAUUUUAUGUAGCCAUGUUAAAUUUCAAGCAUAAAAAUGUUCCUAGUGCUUUCUAAUGUUGUAGUGGUUUUGUUGUUGCAGUUGGUUAUCUAGGAAAAAUAAUAUGGGGAAAAUACGACAUUCACAUGCCAACACAUCUGAUAAUCCCUGCUAGUUCGGUGCAUUUCUGACAAAAGGUUGAUUAGAACAUGUCUGCUCUUUAGGAAAUGUCACUGAGGUGCAUCGAUUCUUUGUCUGUGCAAGGGGGAAAAGGCCUGCAUGGAAAAUCUCUCUUCAGAGAUUUUCAGCAUUUGCUGUUCAUGGUUGUGCUACUUCAUUGUGGCUACAUUACUCUGUUACUAGCCACACAUUUUUGCAGCACUAAGAUUUUGUGCACUCCAUGUCAAGGAAACUUGCUUGUUUACUCUAAUCAAAGCUGUUUGGUGAAAUGAAAUGGGUUCAGUGGUGAAGGGAAGUGUAAGGACUUGGAACUUCCCAAUAUAGAAUAUAUAACGUAAAUGCAGGAACACUGAGCACAGUCUGUCCUUUGGGAAAUAAGACAUUUUCAUUGGUGGGAACAAAGAAUGUAUUUUAUUUCUACAAACAACCAAAAUGUAAACAGCGGUACCUUUUGAGCAGGAACGGCAUUAGCAUUUACUUGAAUUUCUGUACUGCCCUCACAAGUUUCCAAAAUCCAUUAGAAUUACUUACCUUUUUCACUUCUGCUUAGUAUUUAGGUAAAAUUAUUUAUUUUAGCCUAGAUGAUUUUUUUUCCUGAAACAUUACCUUGGACAUUUUUAAAAAUCCAGCAGCCUAGAUUUUGCAGUAUACACCUCUAGAAUAAGUUACCAUGGUUAUAUGUAGUGUCCUUUGAUACCCAUAUCAGAGAUUGGGGGCCAACACCUAUUUUACUUUAUUCAUUGUAUAAAAUCAUUUUGUGUAUUGGCAUAAUAUCCUGUAAAAACCAAAAGUCUUCAAAUCCAGAGAGGCCAUUACUGAAAUCCAAUCAAGAAGUAGAAGCUUUCAAUAGUUAACGUUACCUUUAUUCCAUUUCUUGCACUGAGUUUUAAGAGUGUCAUUAUAAAUCAAGGCUACUUGCAUUUGUAUGCAGAUUCUAUUUUCAUUGCAAUACUUAUGCAAUUGCUUAAACCUGUAUUAACUGGUAUUGAUUCCAUAAGCAUGAAUGUGGUGUUGGAUGUAGUGUGUUAGAGAAUCAGAUCAGAACAAGCAAAGCUUGUUGGAAAAAGAAGCAGUUGAAGAUGGAAGCACCUUACUGAUAGAGCAUGUUGCGUAUGCUGAAUGCUACUGGAGCACAGAGACAGUAGUUCAUUCUAAACUUUAUUGCAAAGUGCUCUUUGGUAUAGUGAAGCACAUUGUCCUGUUUAUUGCUAUGUAAGGCUGUAUGAAGUACAGCAAUGGCUGUUUUUAUCCUAUAAAUGUACUGUAAUUUAAAGUUUUCCUACAAAAUAAAUUUAUAUUUAAAUUGCUAAAACGUACUUAAACAUUAGAAUUUUUAGGAAGGGAAAGGUGGGUAUGCCAAUAUAUUUUUGGGGUUAUUAUAUAGAUUUGUUUUGCACUGCCCAUUCACUCUGUUCAUCCAGGAGUCCAGCUUUGACUGGCCAUAUCUGCAGUCUGGCAGUGAUGGAUCUUUAUUGUAAUUCAUAUCUUUUAAAUAUAUUUGGUCCUGCUCCUCAGAAUUUGACAGGAAUGGUCUUCCCUCUGUUCUCCAGUAUGGAUGCUCAGAUGCAAUCUAAUAUGGUGAGUGUACUACUAGGCAUGUGAGGAAGGACCUGUCUAAAGCCAGUAUCUAAGACAAUUAGCAAGCAGUGUAUCACUUAAAAAAACAAACAAACAAAAAACCAAGAAAAAUGUUGAUUGUCCUGGUAAGUAGGGUGGCAGCAAAUAUAAAGCACAGCACCAAGCCUUUGACUUCUAAAUAAAACUCAUGGUUUUUCAGUCAGGUAGCUUUGCCUCCUUUGGUAAUUCCAAGGCUUCUACAGCAAGUAAUAUACCCUAGAAUGGCUUGGUUUUUCCGAGUCUUUGCAUCCUUCUAGGGGACACACUGUUCCUCUAGCAUGAAUAGUGGAAAGGUGAGUGAUAUUAAAGAUGCUCAUUUAGCACCUCCAAGCGUACCUAUGAUUGCUACUUACCUAUUUACAUACAAAUUUCAUCUUGUGUGUUCCUUAGUAGAGAAGCACAACAUGAAAUGUAUGAAAUGCAGGAGGUUGCAAAUCACUUUGCAUGUAUGAAACCAUUAAAGGGUUAAUCAAACUGAUUUCUUUUUAGCUUAUUUGAAUAAAUGAGAAAUUUAUCCAAUGGAAAACUGAUUUGACAUCGACUAGCUUUGUGCAAUAUUGUAAGUAGAAUCAAACACUAGCACACAGUGCUUGGCUUUAAGAAAGUCCUUUAACGGUUAUAUUUAAGCGGACAUUUUAAAAGCACAUUUUAUUGUAAAACUACUCCUGCAAAUUUACAAUACUUAAUAAUGCUCCAUGUUCUAAAGUAUUAUGGAACAAAUGUAAAAAUGUAAAAACUAAGCAAGCAUUUCUAGCAAUACAUGAAAACUAAAACAAUUGUUUUAACUGUUUGCCUUUGUUAUUUUACUUUAGUGAAACUUUUCUGCAAUGUAAGUUUAUUGCUGUGUAUUUCAUGUUUUUUACUAUGAUGACUUCAAAGUUAAAACCUGUACACACAAUACUGAAAUCACCUUCCUUGUACAUGCGAUGUAACAACAUACUCACAGUUUUGGUGCUUAAAAAUGAUUCCUUUUUUCUUCAAUAAAGGAUAUUUAUUUGAAUGCU